GCAGCAAUGGCGGCGAAAACAAUGGUCUUGAAACUUUUCUCAUUUAUUUGGUUACAUGUGAUGCUCGCGUCUUCAUCACUAUUUUGUGACGCGGCAAAGUUGGCAUGGGAUGAAAAUGGAUACAUACUCUAUUGUCCUUGCAUGGGUCGGUUUGGGAAUCAAGCAGACCACUUCUUGGGUUCAUUAGCCUUUGCAAAAAUGCUGAAUCGAACACUGGCAGUUCCCCCCUGGAUCGUUUACCGACACCACGCGCCCCCCUACACAAAUAUGCAUGUUCCCUACAGGGAGUUCUUUCAGUUGGAGGAAUUGGCUCGUUACCACCGGGUGGUGAGUCUGGAGGACUUCAUGGACCAGCUGGCCCCAACUCACUGGCCCCCAGGCAACAGGAUAGCGUACUGCUUUGAGGCAGCUGCCCAGCGAAGUGCUGACCGGAAGACUUGUCCAAUGAAGGAAGGAAAUCCUUUUGGCCCAUUCUGGGACCAGUUUGCUGUGGAGUUUGACAAGUCUGUGCUGUUUGGGGGCAUAUCUUUCCACACGUACUAUCAGCCACACUGGAUGAAGAAGUUCCCCCCCGCAGAGCACCCUGUCCUGGCUCUGCCAGGAGCCCCAGCCCAGUUCCCUGUGCUGGAAGAGCACGUUGGUCUGCAGCAGUACGUGGUGUGGGCAGACAAGAUGGUGCAGCAGGGGGAAGGACACAUCCAGGCUCUACUGACCAGGCCUUAUGUGGGCGUACACCUGCGGAUCGGUUCGGACUGGCAAAAUGCUUGUAAGCUGCUGCAGAAUGGAGAGGCGGGGCCUCACUUCAUGUCAUCCCCACAGUGUGUGGGCUACAACCGGCAGAAUGCCCUGCCCCUCACAAUGACCAUGUGCCUGCCAGACCUGGCCGAAAUCCAGCGUGCAAUCAAGCUAUGGGUCAAGAAGACCAGUGCCCGCUCUGUCUACAUUGCCACUGACUCUCAGACCUACAGAGAUGAAAUCCAGAAGCUCUUCAAGGGCAAAUCUGCACAGGUGAAGGUGGUAAGCCUACAGCCAGACACAGCUCAAGUUGACUUGUACAUUCUGGGUCAGUCGGACCACUUCAUUGGAAACUGCGCCUCCUCCUUCUCUGCUUUUGUCAAGAGGGACCGUGAUGUCCAUGGACGACCCUCGUCCUUCUUUGGCAUGGACUACCCUGGAAGGAAUAAAGACGAACUUUAAAGGUCUCAUUAAGGAGUUUUGAGCUGUAAGAAUGGCUGGAAAGAGACACUGGUCAAUCUGUUUAAUGAGGCUAGAGUAUCUGUUUACAACGGCUAGAAUAACUGUAGAUUGGUCUCGGGAGUAGCACUGGGAUAGGAUAGGUUUAAAAAAGGGAGCACAAUCACAUUUUUAGUGUUUUUUUUUUAUUCCAUGCAUAUUUAAAUCUCCUAUGGAUGUCAUAUGCUGUUGACCUUUUAA